CAAAGCGAGGUAUGAUUUUACAAGUCUGUAACUCGCGCCAGUGAUGCUGAUUAGGUAUCCACUAUUCUCCCAAAAUGACUCUCAGAAGACUAAUUAAACAAAACAGCAACGACAAUUAUAUUUUGGAAGACAGGCGUAAAAGUAGUCUAUAUCCUGCAUUCUCAGUCAAUAGCGAAACAGACAAUAAACGACUUCAGACGCUUGUAACAACACUUGGGACUUUGCCAAGGGGACGCAAACAGCUGACUCUAUGUCGAUCAAACUCGCUGGUGGAUUACACUGACUCCCCAAGGGCAACCAUUGUUUUAGAAAAACAAGACAAUGAAACGUUUGGAUUUGAAAUUCAGACAUAUGGUUUACAACAUCAGGAUAGCAAUUCUCUGGAAAUGUGCACCUUCAUUCGUAAAGUAUAUGAAGGCAGCCCAGCUGAGGCUGCAGGGCUGACAACUGGUGACAUUAUAGUAAGCAUCAACGGCAUCAGAUCGGAAGGGUUCUCACACCAGCACACUGUGGACCUGAUAAAAGCCUCUAGUAACUGUUUAAGGUUGGAGACCAUUAAUGGAACAACUUUCAAAAGGAUUGCACUUGAAGCCAAGCUGCAGUUCUUACAGCAAACCUUGCGAGAGAAAUGGAUGGAGUUCCGAAAACUGCUGUUACAAGAGCAACACCUCGCUCAGGGAAACCUAAAUGAAUGUAAUCCCCAAGACACACUGGAUUCCCUUUCCUCUCUCACACUUACUGUUGGUGCUGGCAGUGCUACGUUCUCCCCAGCUCUGCGAGUCAAGCACAGGUUUUCAAGUGACAGCAGCUGUAAGAGCCAGCUGAGUGUCAUGACAGAUGACAGUGAUGACCUGCAAUAUGUAUUUGAGGAAUUGGCAACAAGCCCCUGUAGGCGUGCAAGCGUGGAUGAUGAAUGCUUCUUACCCAGGGACAGUAAUGCAAUGGGGGUGAAGGCUUCAGUGACCAGAACCAGCAGUAUUAGCCUGGCAAGCAGUAACAGUGGGUCAGGGUCACCUUCAUGGGACAUGCCGGGUAAUGCAGGUUUGUUUGGGACUCUUCCAAGGAAAACAAAACGAGGAAGUGUCAGGAAACGUCUUUUGAAGUUCAUCCCAGGUUUAAACCACUCAGUGGAGGAGGAAGAAACCCUUUAAUGUUAUAGUAACUUUUUUUUAGUACAACAGUAGAAGCACAUGAAGCAUUAGGGACAAGAGCAUUAAAAGAAAACAUUUGUUUAAUAUGUAUAUGUCAUAUUAUAUUACCAAAUUAUAUAUAUAUAUAUAUAUAUAUAUAUAUAUAUAUAUAUAUAUAUAUAUAUAUAUAUAUAUAUAUAUAUAUAUGCGCAAAGGCAUGUGAUUGAAAUACUUUGGAAUGAAAAGGAAAGCAAAUAUUUCUGCUUUGAAGGCUUAGCUGUCUGAACUUGCAAAAACAAAAUAAAUGUCUUGAUUUAACCAAUGUUGCAGUUGUGCAGCCUGAUAGGGUGUCCCUCAUUGUGCAUUUAAACUGAGUAAAAGUGUUAGGAAACUACUUUUUUUAAUGCAUUCAAUCCUGUUUCUACUACUUAAACUUUUGAGCAUUUUGAAUGAAAGUUAUAUUAAUUCCUAAUAUGACAUUUGAGUCGUGACACAUUGAUCAUUUGAGUCAUGACUCAUUGAUCAUUUGAGUCAUGACACAUUGAUCGUAUGUCUUCUGAUAUAUGGGUCUUAAAGACUGAAGAACGCCAUUGCCUGGGAGCUUGCAAUACAAAUUAUGGGUAGUUUAAUCUGACAGGUGAAUGAGAUGAUCUAGAUUAUGUAAAAAUAUUCCAAUGUUGUGGUCUCUGGGACAAUACAAGUUGAAUGGAAGGGCGCACACUUGGAGGGUAAUGUAGUCAGAUGUCAGCCAGUGCAAUCAGAUAAUACUAUUCACACAGGAAGGGAGGGGUAACUGAAAUGUAGCAUAUCUCCAUUAAAAGACUAGCAUUGUAGCACAUCAGCAACAGCAUAUUUUAAGCAAAGCAUGCUUUUAUUGCCACAAGGAUUUAGUUUAGUGUAACAUUUGUGCUGCUGAUAUUUGUAUUUCUUGUGCUGUUAAACAUUGCUUACAGAUUACAUUACUGCACCUAGAAUGUUCUCUGGACAAAAACCAGGAAAAUGUAUUUCUAACUGCUUUUCUAACAGCUGCUAAUUAAAAAACAGAAGCAUUUAAAGGUUCUACAUUAAGGGAGGCAAUACAUUUAUGUAGUUUGUAUGUUAAAAAAAGAAAAGCUAAUUAUGUUUUUCUUUAUGGAUGGUUUUGAAAUCCAGUAACAUUUUGCAUUAUGUGUCUAAUUGCAUUGUAAUUAAACAGUAAUUGCACAUCUGGUAAUUACACAACCACAUGUGUUAAUACAGGGUAAUUACAAAAUAUCUGCCUACAAAUGUCUGCAUUCAUUUUGUAAUAAACAGGUAGUUAUGCUGUAAACUACAUAGCCAAGUGUGUAAAUACUGUGAUAUUAUAGUUUAAUAAAGAGACACUUCAUGUAAAAAGUUACCUCAAAUGCCCAUUGUAAAGGGCAGCAUUUACUGGUAUGUUAAAAUAUACAGUUUUAUACUUUAACAACUAGGAUGGAAAACAGCACCUUGACUGCUUUAAUGACUGUAACCACAAACAAAUUAUCAACGUUCUGAACCACGCAUAUGUGAGCUGAUUAAAAACAGGAUGUGGGUGUUUAAGUUGCA